GACCCUUUCUAUUUAAAUAAUAGGUGAGAGAGCUAGCUUCCCCUCCCCCUCCCCUCCCCUCCCUGCAAACAGCUCGCUUCAUUACCCCGCUAUUGAUUCUCGCAUGGAUGUUGUAACGUCGACGAGGUUUUGUUUCCUGCCCCGCCUACCUGGAUCACUUGGCUUUGUUUGGAGUCUCGGAAGCUUCUUUCUGCAACGCUGGGAUGCGAGAUGAGACCAGCAAAAAAUGGAAUUGCUGUGCUACACAGUAGCAAUUCUAUUUUUAUCCAUUUCGGACGGCCGUGAUCCAUUGAGCUGAACGAAUUCAAAUACCUCGUCCCACGACUUAUCCUACGAACCCAAAUUCUCUCAUCAUCUAUAUCAUACUCUUUAUUUCUCUUGAUAACUCAAACUCUCAUCUAACAUUAUCCUUGCAGACUCAGUUGAAAAUGGUUGUCAAGGUUGGCAUCAACGGAUUUGGCCGUAUCGGCCGUAUCGUCUUCCGAAAUGCUGUCGAGCACGAGGACAUCGAGAUCGUUGCUGUAAACGAUCCCUUCAUCGAGACUCACUACGCUGAAUACAUGCUGAAGUACGACUCGACUCACGGCAUGUUCAAGGGAACCGUCUCCCACGACAGCGAUGGCCUCAUUGUCAACGGCAACAAGGUCAAGUUCUACCAGGAGCGUGACCCCGCCAACAUUCCCUGGAAGGAUACUGGUGCUGAGUACAUCGUCGAGUCGACUGGUGUCUUCACCACCACUGAGAAGGCCAAGGCUCACUUGAAGGGUGGUGCUAAGAAGGUCGUCAUCUCUGCCCCCUCUGCCGAUGCUCCCAUGUACGUCAUUGGUGUCAACGAGAAGACCUACGACGGCAAGGCCGAUGUCAUCUCCAACGCCUCUUGCACUACCAACUGCCUUGCUCCUCUUGCCAAGGUCAUCCACGACAAGUUCACCAUCAUUGAGGGUCUCAUGACCACCGUUCACUCCUAUACUGCCACACAGAAGACCGUUGACGGGCCCUCCAACAAGGACUGGCGAGGUGGCCGUACCGCUGCUCAGAACAUCAUUCCUAGCAGCACCGGUGCCGCCAAGGCCGUCGGCAAGGUCAUUCCUGAUCUUAACGGCAAGCUUACCGGAAUGUCCAUGCGUGUUCCUACUUCCAACGUCUCCGUUGUCGACUUGACCAUCCGUAUCGAGAAGGGUGCCACCUACGACGAGAUCAAGGCCGUUAUCAAGGAGGCUGCUGAGGGUCCUCUCAAGGGCAUUCUCGCUUACACCGAGGACGAUGUCGUCUCUACUGACUUGAACGGCAACACCAACUCUUCCAUCUUCGAUGCCAAGGCUGGUAUCGCUCUGAACAAGAACUUCAUCAAGCUCGUCAGCUGGUAUGACAACGAGUGGGGUUACAGCCGACGUGUCCUCGAUCUCCUGUCUUACGUCGCCAAGGUUGACGCUGGCAAAUAAUUUCCUACCAUCUAAUGAAAGAAAGCUCUGACGGCGUAAUCAAAACGUGCGGGUGGGUUUUCGUCCAAGUAAUGACUGCCAGGGAAUAUGGCUGGGCUCGGUUGAGCAGUACGACAUUAUUAUGAUUCAUCAUAGAUAAAUGAAAUAAACAAAAAAAAAAUCCAUCUUCA